UAUUGAAGUUAAUACUUAUUUUUGUGUCAUGGUAGACCAUGGAUCUUUACUCUCAUGGUUUCCUUACAUCUUCCUCCCUUUCUUCACCUUCCUCUUGUUCUUCUGUAAGAAGUCUUCAUCAUCUUCGAUUUCUAGAUUGCCAAAAUCAUACCCAUUAAUCGGUUCUUCUUUCGCCCUUCUUGCAAAUAGUGAACGGUAUAAUCAAUGGGUAGCGGAGGUUCUUAAUUUUUGCCCGACCAACACCUAUGUGAUUCGAAACCUCGGCGCUUCUAUUGUAACCACUGCUUAUCCUGAAAAUGUUAAACACAUUCUCAAGUGUCACUUCUCUAACUACCCAAAAGGUGGAGUCAUGAGAAACAUCCUUAGUGAUUUUCUAGGCAAUGGGAUUUUCAAUGCAGAUGGUGAUAGCUGGAAGUUUCAAAGAAAAAUAUCAAGUCAUGAAUUCAACACCACGUCUCUUCGUAAGUUCAUCGAAGAAAUUGUUAAGAUCGAGAUAUUCCGCCGAUUGAUUCCCAUUCUCUCGAUGACAGCUGAAAAGAAUUCUGAGCUAGAUCUCCUCCAAAGGUUUGCUUUAGAUAAUAUUUGCAAGAUCUCGUUCGGCUAUGAUCCCAGCUACCUUUCAAUAUCACUGGAAAAAAAAGAAUUUUCGGUUGCAUUCGAAGAUGCUACUAGGAUAAUGAGUGAACGUAUCGGUCAUAUUAUCCAUUUAGUUUGGACACUUAAGCGAUUUCUCGACAUAGGAUCCGAAAAGAGACUAAAACAAGCUACCGCAACAAUCAGGGAAUCUGCAAGAAAUAUUGUAAGGCAGAAGAAACACGAACUGAAGGAGAAAUCUUCUCUAGAGACUAGUGAUCUCCUAUCAAGGUUUGUUAAAGACGAUGAUUUAGAUGAAGAUUUCGUGAUUGAUAUUGUCAUAAGUUUCAUUUUAGCAGGUCAAGAUACUAUUUCAGCGGCCUUGGCAUGGUUUUUCUGGUUGGUUUCUUGCAAUCCACGAGUAGAGUAUGAAAUACUGAAGGAGAUAAACCAAACAUCUGAAGAACCUAGUUAUGACGAUGUCAAGGACAUGGUUUACAUCCAUGCUUCACUUUGUGAGAGCAUGAGAUUGUACCCACCAGUCCCGCUCGACAGUAAAGAAGCAGCAAGUGAUGACAUUUUACCGGAUGGAACAGUUAUAAAGAAUGGAAUGAGAGUGUCAUUUUCUAUUUAUGCAAUGGGUAGGAUGGAACAUAUGUGGGGUUCAGAUUGCAAUGAGUUUAAGCCAGAGAGAUGGUUAGAAAAAGAAAAUGUUACAGGAAAAUUAAGCUUCAUGGGCAAGGAUCCUUAUACGUAUCCGAUAUUUCAAGCAGGUCCAAGGAUCUGCUUGGGUAAAGAAAUGGCAUUCUUACAAAUGAAGAUGGUAGCCGUAGAAGUUCUACGCCGAUUUCAUGUGGUUCCAACUGCAAACAAGAAUAAUUAUGCACCAGUUUAUGUUUCUUAUCUGGCUUCAAAAAUGAAAGGUGACUUCCCUGUUAAGAUAGAAAAGAGGACUACAUAAGUCUAUUGCUAAGUGUGACUUCGAAAUCCCGUCUGUUAAAAAUUUAGUGAUUUGAAAUAAACUAAUAAGAACUAGUAAUAGCAAAACUGU